AUGUCUUUCUUUCUCUCUUCUUCUCGCCUUCUCUUACUCUUCUCAUGCUCCUUUCCUCUCUUUCCCUCUUUGCCUUUCUCUCUCUUUUUCCUUCUCCCUCCUGCUGUCUAUCUCUCUUUCCACCAUGAUCGUUCUCUCCCUCCCUCUUUUCCUCUCUCUUCUCCCUCACUCACUCUCCCCAUCCAUCUCUUCAUUCCACCUCAUUCUCACUUUUUCCUCCUCUAUAUAUCUACUCCCCACUCUCUCUCCCUCUUGCUUCCACUAUCCCUCCCUCUUUCCCUUUCCCUCACAUUUCCCAUACCUCUCUUCAUUCCACCCAUUCUUCCUGCCUCCUCCCCUCUCCACUUUGAAAACCCAAUCUUACAAAUUUUAUUAAAAAGAAAUUUGAAAAAUUGGAAUUAUGUUGAGCAUUUUGAUUCAAACAUUUUUCAGCAGGUUUUACGUGAUGCUUUAUACACUUUGCCAUACUGUGAGAAAUAUUAUCAUCAUCGUAGUAAUUGUUUCUACAUCAUGCUUUACAAUCCUUGCAAUGUUGAACACUGGAAUAAAGAAAGCUGGAGUAUUCAGUUGCAUUCAAAUGUGGGAUUCAGAAAUUAUAUGCUGCAUGUUGCUGCCAAUAUUCAAGACUGGAUUCAUGAAGAAGAGAAGAAAUAUGAUGCACUUUUAAACAGUUUGCGAGUUCAAAAGAUGAAGGAACAGGAAAUGGCCAUAGCUGAAGCAGCACUCACAGAACAGUUGGCUGAAAAGGCUCCCAAAGAUGGGAAGAAAACCCCCAACAAGAAGGCUGCACGAGCCCAAAGCAAAAGUCCAACAAGAUAUGAAAGUAUAUUUGCAUCUGAUGGAGAAUUUAUUCGUCAAGGAUCGCUGAAAUCUCUCAAACAAGAGGAGGAACUAAUGAAGCUAGAAGAAGAAGAGAAAGAAAAGAAAAAGGGACAAAAAACACCCAAAAAGUUAGAUAAAUCAGCAGAAAAAGAACCAAAAACUUCACCUGUUAUGGGCCAAAAAACAAAUCGAUCUGUAAAAUCAGGAAAAGAAGAUAGCUGUACUGAAUUAACACCAAUGACAGAAGUUGCAGAUGAAAAAGAACUUCCAUUCACUGGUUAUGAUGUGGGAAACAAUAUUAUUAGUCUGACUGCAAGUAAGUACACCUUGUUUCCAAGUGAUGGAGCCCAAAUAAGAAUUGAAACAACAGAAUAUCUUUAUGGCUAUCAAAGUGUGAAGUGUUCAGUAUUAAAAAAUGGGCAUGUAUUCACUGUGCACUUGCUCAAUCCAAAGGAUUUAGAAGAAAAUGAACACCUUUCUGAAACAAAGGCCAAAACCUCACCAUCAGAGUUAAAUGAAAAUGUGGUUCCAGCUUUAUUUGUAGGUGAUGAAGAAGAAAAAUUCAAGAAGGCACCUUCAUAUCGUGAGAGAUUUUCCACAAUAGAAAAUGUUGAAAAAGAAACCGAUUCUUUGGAACAGGCGUCAGAAGUAUUUUCUGAAAUUGUGUAUAGUGAUUUUGGUUCUAUCAGUGCUGUGUUGUCUGAUGGAAUAAUAUUGUCCUUCAGUAAGUUUGGUCCUACAGGAUACCAUUCUUUAAUAUCAGAGAAUAAAACAAGUUUGACUGAUUCUCCAAAACCAGGAACUCCCUCAGUGCCAUCUCCAAGAGAUACACCAUCUGGCCAUGGAAAGAAAAAAAUGAAACAUUUUGAUUCUUCAGAGACACUAAAAGUCUCUGAUGAAAUCAAAGAAUUUGAGCCAGAAGUCAAAAUGUCAACAAUAGAGCCAACUGUGCCACAGCAACCAACUUUCCAAAAUUUGUAUAUAACCUGUCCUGAUGGCUUGAAAAUAGAGUAUUUUUUAGAAUACUCUUAUGGUAUAGAGCCUGUAAGUCCCGAUCAUCAUCGAAUAUUGGUGAAACAGAGUUAUCCUUUUCGUAAUCAUGGGGUCCAGUCAUGUGAAUCAACCCGCAAUAAACAUGCUUACCAAGAGCAACACCGUAUCAUUGUUUCUGAUGGUACAGUUAUCAAGAAAAUGAAGGAUGGUACUUUUGAGGUUCUCUAUGUUGAUGGCACAGUGGCAAAACUUGAAUGCGUUUCAUCAGAUAAAAGUUUCGCAGAAUUUAAUACAGCUUCAAGUUCUUGCGUAACAGGUGGUAAGAAAGCAUCUAUCCCUGAGAAGCUUCCUUUAGCACCCAUAGUGCAACCUGAUGAAAAAGAUCUUAAGCAAGAGAAAUGGACCAUCACCUAUCCUUCUGGACAGAAGUUUAUCUUAACUCCUGAUGGAAAGAAAGUUAACUUACCUAGAGUGCUGUUCAGUAUGAAAUCAGAUAUUAAAUCUGGCCAGACCAUAUUAACUCGAGAUGACCAUGUAAUCCUAGUAAGUGAAACUACAGGGAAAACAAUUGUGGAACAUGAAGAUGGAACACGAAUUACAUCUUACUACGAAGAAAUGACUUCUCCAGUACAAAGGGACUGCGGAAUAGAAGGAAUGGAAUCAUCAGAUGAGCCCUGCAAGAAAAUGUUUAUCAUGGUAGAAUGUCCCAGUUAUGCAACUGUAAAAUUUAACAGCAAAACAAGUGAGAACCUCACACUACUGGCCAAUGGGACAUUGAUCAAUGUCUUUCCUGAUGGUUAUUAUAGUCUCUUAUUAGCAGGAGAAAAUGCAGGUGACAGAUUGUACUUAGAUUUGGAUGGGACUCUGACUUACACAAGUCCACUUUCUAAUAACCUUGCUGACGACACUAACCAGCCAGAAACUUUCUAUACUUUCAAGCAUAAUGCGCCGACUAUCUGUGAAACUGUGGAUCCUGAUGGAAUUACCUUCAAAGUGGACCAUAAAGGCCAUCAUGAAAUCAUAAAAGAAAGUUCAGACAAUAAUGUUACUGAAAAAUUUAUUCGGGUUGAAGAACCACCACAAAUUACUGAGUACAAGAGACAUGCCCCUCGGAUUUUUUUUCUUCUUCCCGAUGGCAGUGGAGGAGAAAUCCAUCCUGGUGAAACCAUUGAUAACUACCUCAAUUGGUCAAAGCAAGAUCCUGCUUGUAUUAUUCUGAAAGAUAUGUUUCAAGAUCAACCUGGGAUUUAUGGGAUCACUUUGUUGAAACCAUACAAGCCCUUUCCUGAUAGUUGGCUGAGCCAAUAUGAAUUAGAAUCAAUUAUUCCAGAAAGUAUUCGUCUGCAAACAGCUAUUAACCCUGACAAGAUCAAAUCUGAUUCUGUAAAAUGUCCUGAUAUCUUGGAGAUCCGGCAGUUCACUCAGUAUCCAUUGGUUAAUGAAGAAGGAAGGGAAAGUAUCCAGCAAGGACUCUCUGAUUAUAUUGAAUACUGUUUCAACCGAUGUAGCCGCACCAUUGAAUCACAAGUACUGGAUAAUCGUUCAGAGGAGGAGAAGAAAUUGGCUGAUGUUCUGCAAGAAAAUGUCAAGAAGUUUGAUUUGAAAGAACAACUACGACCUCAGUUAAAGAUAAGUGAUGUAAAACAAUUGUACCAACAAGGAAUUACAAGAAAUCAGACUUUACCAGUUAUUGAACAAAAACAGAAAGAAAGCCAGAACGUACCAAAUAUAGAGAAAAUGCAGAAAGAUAAUCUUGAAGAGGAAAUGGCAAAGAAAGCUCUUCGAAAUCAAGAAAUUCCAAAUUAUUUUGACAGUAUGUUUGGUAAAGCUUUCCUAGAAACACAACAGAUUAAAACUCUGGAUGGGAAACUUAAGAAACUUUCCAACUUUCCAGUUUUACAAACAAAUCCGGUGAAACAUAACAAUAUUGAUGUAAAGACAGGUCCAGCCACUCACCAAAGAUACAUGACACCAUUAUCAAGAAAUAGUUACAUUGGUACCUAUUCAUCUGAGAUUGAACAUGAAUAUGAGGUUUCUCAUCAAUUACGCCCAGUGAAUCCAUCACCAUCACAUGCAACAGGUAAUGCCUCACCCAAUACUGUUCGACCAACCAAUCCCACCCCUAACUUGCAGAAAACUGAACCCACCCAGGAAAGGCCAGCUGCAGAUUCAUCUUCAACACCCAGCUAUCCAGGAACAGGUAAAAAUCGACACCCUGAUGUUACUGGAAAGUAUCAUUCCCAAGAUAUACGUUUACCUAUUUCUCUUGUUGGUGGCAGACCAAAUGCAAUUCCCAAUCAGAAGUUUCAGACAAUUGAAGAGCCUGUGCGACGUCAAAUUCGCAACAGUAUCAUGAAAGGAUCAACUUCAGAAUCACAAUGGAGGCUCAAAAUGAUGAGAGGAAUGAAUCUGUAUCCAGAAGAGAUCAACUUUGGAGUUUUGCGUGAAGGCAACUCUUACAUGAUGACUGUCUAUCUGAUUAAUACGGGUGUAGAUUCUUGUCAUUUUAAAAUCAAACAACCACCACCAGCAACCGGUCUCAAAGUGAUCUACAAGCCUGGCUCAGUGGCUGCAGGUUUGAAAAGGAAAUUAUUUCUUGAAUUGUUUGCUAUUGCGGUUGGGGCAGAUCAAGAUACUGGAGUUGGAACCAUCCGACAUAACCUCUGCAUUACUACAGAGACAGACAUCCUUCAUCUUCCAAUCCAAGCUACCAUUUUGACAGGUUUUGAGUAUGAUCGUCAGAAAGAUGAAAAUCAAUUGGACCCAAAGAGUACAUCUGCGCAACUGAUUUCCACUCAAGGCAAACAGGGCCUCAUUCGACCACCAAAGAGAAGCAUUUCUAAAGGUCAGCUUCGUCAGUGA